AUGGAGGAACUGGCCCGGGAGAGCAUCAGCCUGCUGGCCCGGUCGGCAUCUUCAGCCGAUCCCCCGAGGCUCGGCUCGUUCGGAGCGGUGUUCAUCAUGCUGAAGUCCGCGCUGGGAGCGGGACUGCUCAACUUCCCCUGGGCCUUUGGGAAGGCUGGGGGUGUGAACACCGCCAUCACUGUGGAGCUGGUGUCUCUGGUAUUCCUCAUCAGCGGCCUGGUCGUCCUGGGUUAUGCGUCGUCCGUCAGCAGACAGAAGACCUAUCAGGAUGUAGUGAGGGAGGUGUGUGGACGAGCAGUGGGACAGCUCUGUGAAGUCUGUUUUUGCUUUAACCUCUUCAUGAUAAGCGUCGCCUUCCUGGUGGUGGUGCAAGACCAGCUGGAAAAACUGUGUAUUUCUUUAUACGAGACUGUGACCGGAUCAAGUGAGGCAGACAUGCCUUAUCACUGGUACACUGACCAGCGCUUUGCCCUCUUCAUCAUGUGUCUUCUCAUCAUCCUGCCUCUGUCCAUCCCAAAAGAAAUCGGCAUACAGAAAUACACAAGUGUAUUAGGGACGCUUGCUGCUACGUAUCUCUGUGUUGCUGUCGUUGUCAAGCAUUAUCUAAUGGACAGCCACAGGAUUAUUUACCCAGAGCAAAGCCGAGGAGUCAGUACCUGGACCUCCAUGUUUAGUGUGGUACCAACCAUUUGCUUUGGCUUCCAGUGCCAUGAAGCCUGUAUAGCAAUCUACAGCAGUAUGGAGAACCAGAAGCUCCUCCACUGGGUGGCCAUCUCUGUGCUCUCCAUGUUUUUCUGCUUGCUCACUUACACUCUGACUGGUGUGUAUGGCUUCUUGACCUUUGGGCAAGGCGUAGCCUCAGAUAUUCUGAUGUCAUAUCCUGGAAAUGAUGUGGUGAUGAUCAUCUCCAGGCUGCUUUUUGGAGUAUCGAUCAUCACGAUAUAUCCCAUUAUUCUUCUGCUGGGGAGGUAAUUCAAGUCUCAGUGGAGUUUGUGUGGUUUUGAGGAUCCUCAUGUUGUCUCUGCGUGGAACAGGUCUGUGAUCCUGAACCUGGUGCUGCGACUUCAAAGAAAUCGUCGGGGGGUCGUCACUCAUUCGUUUGAGAGUCGCUGCAGAGUCGUUCUGACUGUGGCCUGGAUCUCCUUCACGCUUCUGAUUGCCAUGUUUGUCCCAGACAUGGCCGACGUCAUCAGCGUCAUUGGAGGAAUCAGUGCCUUCUUCAUCUUCAUCUUCCCUGGUCUUUGCUUAGUGUUCACAAUGCAAACUGAAGAUGUCUCUCCAAGACUCCGGGACAUUUUAACCAUCUGGGGCGUUGUAACAAUCGUGGUUGGAGCUUUCAUCUUUGGACAGAGCACCACCAUUGCUGUGAUGGAGAUUUUCCACAAGUUCAAAGCGUAAGAAAGCAGGUCCUCUACAGCAGAACCUCACCUCUUCUGUCGAACUGGACAUUGAAUUUCCAUGUCUGUCUUUUACUUGUACACAUACAGUAAAUAUACAUUUUGUCUUCUUGAGCAGAACAUGUGUUAAUAGAAUAUGUUUGUGUGUUGUGCAAUUUUCAGUUUAAAUGGAUUUUAUUUUAAGCAGAACAUGUUUGUGUAAUAAGUCUGUAUAUAUAUUUGUUUAUGGUUAAGUAUGUUUGCAGCAGAAGUAUACAGAUGAUCUGUCUUUUUGAGUAUUCAUGUAUUCUUACUGAACCUUGCCAGGGGGCGCUAUUGCACCAUUUAUAAAUGACUGAACUAUAUUCCCCCCCCCCCCCCCCCCCCCCCCACUUCACAUCAUGUAUAAAAUUGUUUAUUGUCGAUUUCGGCAAUAUUUUGUCCCCUUUCUGCUCAUCUCUGUGACGAUUUGCUUGAGUGAAAUGAGAAGUAUGCUUUAAACCUUAUUUCUUUCAGGG